AUGGCUUCCAAGAGGGAUAUGCGCCGCCCGGACCUGAUUGUCCCCUAUCAGGAGCCCAGGGCCAAGGGUGAGAACGCCGAGUUCUCGUCUACCCUUUCGUCGACGCUGCCAAUGGCUGCGAUGCUCACUCGUAACAAGUUCAUUGGAUGGGCUUCCGUUGUCUUCAGCAUCCAGACCUGGCUCGGCGAGAGCGAGGAGACCAAGAAGAACGCCACGACCCCCGGUUACUUCUCCGUCGGCAUGUCCAUCAUGGCUCUCGCCGUCAGCUACCUUCCCAUGUUCCUUCCUCCUCCCGCCCAGAGAGGCGCCGCCACCGGCACCGGCCCCGCUGCCCCCGUGCCUCCCGCGUAG